AUGAAACCAUGGCCCUCGUUACUACAUCUGGACACGCGUUUAUCGACCCCUUCAACAAGCCUUAAGACCCGCACACCCUCUCGAACAUCAAUAUCAACACCCAAACAGUGGUUUGAACGACAAAUUAGAGACCCAUAUGUCAAACUCAGACAACAAUCCGAUUAUCGCUCACGAGCAGCUUUCAAGCUCAUCGAGAUCCAAAAAUCUCACAAGAUUUUCAAAUAUGGCAUGGCUGUACUAGAUUUGGGAGCUGCUCCAGGCAGCUGGUCACAAGUCGCUCUCGAAUACAUUGCCGACAACAAGCCUCCAACCUCUGAUAAACCGCCUGGACGUGUCAUUGGAGUUGAUUUACAAGCAAUCGAUCUACUGCCGGGUGCAACAUUCAUACAAGGCGAUAUACUGUGUCCAAAAGCACGAGAUCAAAUCAAGGCUCUGAUACCUGAUGGCCAGCAUGUCGAUGUGGUUAUAAGUGAUAUGGCGUGUCCGUCAAUGGGACUGAAAGCCAAGGAGAAUGCAGUGAAUAAUGAAUUGUUUGAGACGGCGAGGGAUACUGCUAUGAUGUUUUUAAAGCAGAGAGGGACUUUCGUGUGUAAAUUCUUUCAGGGGUCUUUCGAAACUGAUCAACGGCGGGCACUAGAAUCUGUCUUUAAGAAGGUUUCGUUAGAGAAACCCGCUGCAUCACGGUCGACGUCUUCUGAAAACUACUUUGUAGCCACUGGGUUUAGGACUCGUGGUAACAAUAGACAAAUCAGUUGA